UUUUUUUUCCAUUCGAGCGCGGUGAAAAGGAGAGAGAUAGUAGAGAGAGAAGAGGCUCAGUUUCCAUUUCGAUCUUCUCCUCCGAAGCUUUGGGGGGGCGACAUGGACGACUACGCGAGGGAGAUGAUGGAUCUCAAAACCCUAAUCACUCGAACCCUCGAGAAGAAGGGCGUUCUCGCGAAGAUUAGGGCUGAACUUAGAGCGAGUGUGUUUGAGGCCAUAGAAGAAGAAGAUCAGGUUCAAGAAAAUGAAGAUAAUGUUCCUCCUGCAUUGCUUGGUAGCUGCAAUGAUCGUGCAAAGCAGCUGCAUGCUUCUCCUUCAGGAAGGCUGUUGACAGCACUAAUUUGUGAGUAUUUGGAGUGGGCCCAGCUAGGACAUACGCUCAAAGUUUAUCUUCCUGAGUGUAACUUGCCGAAGGAUUUCUGGAAAGAUGAGCUAAGGGAUUUUAGUAGCAAAAAUGGAAAUGACAUGAGCAGGAAUGAAGAAAGUGGUCCGAUGCUUCUUGAUGUUCUUGAAGGAUAUUUAAAAUAUGAGAAUCUAUCUCAAACAAUGUUAGCUGGAAGGAGAAUACCUAAUCCGGAGUCUGAGUCAGUAUCGAAUAUGGAAUCUAGGAAUGCUAGGCGGCCAUCAUCUUCAUCUGGUGUUGGGGGGUUGCCUCCUUUAGGAAGGACGGUCCCAGUUUCACAGCCAUCUGAUCGAAGAUUUGGCCCUUCCAUUCCUAAUAUCCGGAUCAAUGAGUACAACAGGAGAUAUGAUGCUGAUGAGAUUACUGAAGAUGUGAUUCGAGCCUCGAAUGCUUUAGAAAACAUUCACUUGGACAGAAAAGGACGGAACUUAACCUCAUCUCGGAGAGUUGAAACUUCAUCCAUGCUGUGUUAUCGUAUCCAUGCUGGUGGUAACCUGCCUCUGCCUUCCUAGGAAAAACCCUAAAACCAUUAUGAGUUUGUGAUAAUAUACCAAAGGAAAACCCUAGGCUCACCAAAUUUGGAGCACCUAGAAUGACAUCACUCUUUACCAAAAAUGUACUUCAUGGAUGGAUUGUGGAAUGCUCGAACUCUUUCUUUUUAAAGUAUGAGGUGGUGGCUUGUGUAGGCAAGCUGGUGAUGGUUUACUUCUUGCUGUUUUAUCCUCAUUUUAUGUGUAGCAUAUUAGAAAAUAUAUUGAUCAAUAUUUGAGCGACAUUAUGUUGUGUUGUUGGUUGAUCUUGGUGCUCUCCUUCAUUAGUAUGUUUGGAGACAUAGUGGUAUGUUGUUAUCGUAUAUCUGCACCUCCAAGCUGAUUUGUGCUUCUAUUAGAUGUGAAAUUUGUAAUUUAAGCACUUAGAUGGGUUAUAUGAAAAUUGAUAAGAGCUCGUUAUGUC